GACGUGUGACGAGGAGGGAGUUGAUUGGUGUUUGACUAUUGAGCUGGAGCAGAGGGUUAAACCGUCCGGUUCCAGUUUUACAGAACCUAAGAAUACAUUGGCGCGGAGCGGUUCAUUUCAGAAACCUUUAAAACCCUAUUCACUCAUCCCUAAAACCCCAUGAUUUUCCUUUUAAAAAAAAAAAGAAAAAAAAGUUUAAAAACGGCGUUGGGUUAUUCACUUUCGUUUCCAUACGAAGGAAAUUAUGGCAGUAGAGAACGAGACCAAACGCAAGAAAUUGGAGAAACCGCAAAAGCAGAAAGAGAAACGUGAGAUUAAGAAGGGGGAAGCCAAAGCCGAAGCCAAAAGCAGUGUCCAAAUGGAGGUGAAGAACAACCCAAACAAGAAACGCAAACAAGUUUUCCCCUUCGGCAAUUACAAAAACUAUUACGGCUACCGAAUUGGACCAGGUCAUGAAGUAAAAGAAGAUCCUCGGAUUAAGGUAUUGAAGAAGGAGUGGUUUGAAGGGAAGGAUUGUCUGGAUAUCGGUUGUAACAGCGGCGUUAUUACAAUCCAUAUUGCAAAAGAGUAUAACUGCCACAGCAUCCUUGGGCUCGACAUUGAUUCUGGUCUAAUUGAGGAUGCAUUCUGGUACCUUAGAAAAAUUACGAAAGUGGAAUCUGCUCAGAAGAAACAAGCAAGAGAUUCCAGUGUAAAGGUUGUACAGGGAGUAAACAGUUUGGAGCAAUGUACUGAUGCAUCGUCAAACGAAGGCACAAACAAAAGUCUAAACUAUCAUUCUUCUGGAGAAAGAGAUCUAUCUGAUAUAGUGUCUUUCCGACGAGAAAAUUUUGUGCAGAGCCAUUGUCCACCUGAUAAGCAUUAUGAUACAAUUAUUUGUUUGAGCGUGACAAAGUGGAUUCACCUGAACUGGGGUGAUGAUGGAUUGAUUACUUUAUUUACAAAGAUUUGGAGGCUUCUUCAUCCGGGUGGCGUUUUUGUGUUGGAACCUCAACCUUGGGAAUCAUAUGAAAAGAACCGUAGAGUCUCUGAGACAACAGCAAGUAAUUAUCGCAGUAUAAUGUUCCGACCAGAGAGUUUUCAGGAAAUUCUUCUGGAUAAGAUUGGAUUCAGAAUGGUAGAAGAUGUCACAUCAGGGUUGUCGGGCACUAGAACUGGUUUCGAUAGACCAAUUUUUGCAUUCUACAAAUGACUUAAAGGACAAAGACAAUGAGGCAGUUGCUCCUGAAAUUCUAUAACUUUAUUGUAAUAUUGUGUAAUAACCACAAGUUUAAAAGAACAAUUUUGAAUUUUGCUUUUAUUGAAAUCUAAUACAUAUCUUACUUUAAAUUUGAUUAGUAUUAAUCUAUGUUUAAAGUGGUUGGAAACUCGUGUC